AUGACAACUAAUCAUAAACCAUUAUCAAUCAUUGCUAAAUGUGCAUCAUGUUCAAUGAAAACAGAACUAUUUGUUUGUUCACAUUGUGAUAAAGUUAUUUGUCAAAUAUGUGUUGAAAAACAUCAAUUAAAACUUAAUGAAACACUAAAAGAACAAUGGGAUUUAUGUAAAACAAAAUAUUUUAAUUUAUUUCGAUUAUCAGACAACAAUGCUAAACAUAUGGAAAAUAUUGAGAAUGAAGUUGAUCGAAUACGUUUAUUAAUUAAUCAACGAUCUAUGGAUUUAGUUAAUUUAAUUGAGCAUGAGAAAAAUAAUUUAUUAAAUAAAAUAGAAGAGUAUAUGCAAUUAAAUUUAUUUAACGUUAAACACACAGAUCUAAAACAAUUAUUUGAUUCGAUUAAUCAACGACUUAAUGUUAUAUUUAAAGAUCCUAAUGCUUCAUAUAAUAUGGAAGAUUUUCUUUUGGAAAUUGAACAUUUCAAUACGCUGAUGUACAGUCGAGAAACGCAGAUAAAUACAAAUUUACUUAAAGUAUGUUAUUAA